UUAUCUGUUUAACUACAAAGUAUUCACUGAGUUUCUCUACAGUAUUCUAUCUAAUGUCCUCGUGACAGUCUCCUGGGAUCCUAUGUCAGCAGAUGGUUGUUUCAAAUUAGUUUUGAUCGUUGUGGAGGUCAAACCUGGUUGCGUUGGCCUCGGGUUCCAUUCA